UUCAGCCAUUGCUAUUGUCAGCCCAGGCCACCUUCUUUCUUCGCCAUCCGCGGCUUGACCAGUGUGUUCCUGUCUGAUCGGGUGCUUCUUCCUUCCUUCACCCCGUUGUUCUUUCCUGCAUCUCGACAGUUAUUCUUACCUGCUUAUUGCGGAAAAAAGCCUUAUCUCAACGUCUAUUUCUUCUUCCUCUUCUUCCACCCUGUCUUUUCUUUUCUUUUCUUUCUCCUUCGCCAGAACAUCUCACUCGUUUCUCACGGAGCUUCGAGUUAGCAUCUUCAUUUACACCACUAUUCGCUUUAUCCCUCUACUGUCUACCCAUCGACCUCAGUUUUUAUCUCCCUUUUCUACAUCUAUUCUGCAUUCGCUGAUAGUUGUGCCCCCUUCCAUUUAUAUCUAUCUCUGCCCACUUCGGCUUGUUCCCGAUCCCCAUUCUCCCUCGAAAGCCCAUCCUGUCUAGACCUUUUCUCUCACGACCGUUUCGCUUUCUAUCACAUCCCGCUCAUUAUCAAAAGGAUAUUUGUACGUUCAUUGUGUUGUAACCUUCUGUAGUCUAACCGAAGCAGAGGCUUCCAGGCUGACAUGGGCUCCUUUGAGAAGCUCGCGGAGCUGGUCCGGGGUUCAAUUCCCGAAGACUACCUGCCCAAAGAAUCUGACAAAACGGCCACAGCCAUGAGUCACCAGGAUAAAACGCAAAAUAGUACUAGCGAAUGCUCCCAGCAACAGGGUCAGGUCCCCGUUUAUAAACAGGACACACAAAUGGGCUAUCCAUAUAUGCCUCCUCAAUGCUACGGCCAGCCCCUGAACCCUGGUAACAAUGCAAGCGAUGUGAAUGGCAAUCUUGCUUCAGCCUUUUCUAACGUGAAUAUCCAUGGUCACCGUCCAAACUAUAUUCCAGUCAAGGGCAGCAUUCCAACUACCUCUGGUGUUAAUGGCGACGUACCCGGCAUGCAUCUAUCUCAACAUGGACCAUUUGUUGUUGUAUCAAGCCCACCGAUGUUUCAGGGUAAUGUUCCACACGCUCCUCAUGUAGGACAGAUGCCACCCGAGCAAGGUGGCGCGUUCCAAUAUGUUCCUCCCGGUAUUUACCCUAACUUCGUUACCAGCGCUCCUUAUCCGCCUGCGUCUUAUCCUGGGUAUUCUUGGCCCUACGCGGUGAAUCCUGACCAUGAUCAUGCAAAGUCACAUCGUGAUUGUACUCUAGUUGAUGAAAAGGCUUCGGCAAACGAUGGGCAGCACGGACAACCAGAAUAUUAUCCUGUUAUCGCUCAAGGCGAUCGCUCACCGGUGAGCGCCCCGGUUUAUAAUGCUUCGCCCCAAACUCCGGGAUCCUGUAUGCCCUACCAAAUGAUGAGGGCUGCUGGAGGUUAUGUCCUUCAGGACCUAGAUUCGCUCGUAAAACAGGAUCCUCCUAUUCCACCUGCGGUACCUGCGAUGUGGACCAACCCGACUGAACUUACCCUUGCGAAAUGUUUGGAGAAUCGCGAAGGGAUUACCAAUGUCUACAUUCGCGGCUUUCUCCCAGAAAUCACGGAUGAAAUGCUAUAUGCGUAUGCUUCUCGCUUCGGGAAGAUCGAUCGAUGCAAGGCGAUUGUUGACCUCGACACCGGGCUCUGUAAGGGGUUUGGAUUUGUUCAGUUCUUCAGUUUUGAAGCUUGUGAAAAUUGUAUUCGGGGGUUCUUUCAUCUCGGGUAUCAAGCUAGCUUCGCACAGAAAUCUCGUAACUCUCGCCUCAAAGACCUGGAGGAUAAGACAUCCACUAAUAUUUAUUGUACUAAUGUUCCAAUUGAAUGGGUGGAAGCUGAUCUGCGUCGCCAUUUUGAGCCUUACCGUGUUGUAUCUGAGAAGAUCAGCCGUGAAGAAAACACUGGAAUUAGCAAGGAGGUUGGUUUUGCAAGGUUUGAGACUCGCGACAUAGCUGAGAAAGUCCUCGCCGAGUUCCAUAAUGUCACCUCUAAGGAUGGUGUAAAGCUCAUGCUUCGCUUCGCCGACACGAAGGCGCAAAAGCAGCUUAAACAUCAGAGUAAUGAACGACGCGCUUAUCGUGCUGGUGAGUACAGCUAUUCUGUUGAAAUGGUCCAGGGCUCCACUCCGUCACCGAGCCUCCACCGUUUGCAGCAAGCAGCGUCCCAUUUCAGUCCCAAUUCACAGGGCAGCUAUCCUUCUCCAGCUGGAGUCGGACAAGUCUGGACUCCCGCGACUUCGAUCUCCCCACCAGGCCCUAUGCUAAAUAGGUCUGUGAACAGCAUGCGCGUUAGCUCAUGGCCAGGACGCGCUGUGCUCGCAAAUAUUGAUAACACGCCCAGUGCUCGAGGACGACUUGUUGCUUCGAGCCAAGGCUCCCUCUCCGCAGGGUCCACGAAAACCGUUAUGCCCGUGCCAUCCCUCCAGGGCAGCAAAUCCGAGAAUUGUAGCCCGAAAAAGGGAAAGAGCAUGGUUGACGUUAAUUCGCCAACUCCCUCUGCGAAAGAAAUCCGGUUUUCAACUCCCCAAAUCCUGUAACUAGGAACGCGUGUAGGGCGCGAUACGAUAUCUGCCCAUCACUUCUAAGCC